AUGGGCUCCUGCGUGUCGCGAGAUUUGCUCACAAGUGCCCACAAGGACUGCCCCCUGCCCCAGGGCACAGCCCCCCUGAACCCAGACUUGCCCUCCAUCAUGGCUCCAGAUCAUGUCACUGGCAAGGACAGACAGAUGGAUUUCUGUUGGGAUCCUUGGCAGAGGUGCUUCCAGACCACCAACGGCUACCUAUCCGACUCCAGGUCCUGCUCCAGCAACUACAACGUGGCAGCUCUGGCCACCUCGUCCCUUGUGGGGGUGGUGCAGAGCAUCAAGGACCACAUCACAAAGCCCACGGCCAUGGCCCGUGGCCGUGUGGCCCACCUCAUCGAGUGGAAGGGCUGGAGCGCCCAGCGGGUGGCCUGGGAGCUGCCCCCAGCGGAUGACGAGCAUUACUGCCACCUCCCGGACGAGCUGUGUGAGGCCCGCUUUGCUGCAGGGGUUGCUGAACAGUUUGCCAUCACAGAGGCCACACUGAGCGCCUGGUCCUCGCUGGACGAUGGAGAGCUACGCCCGGAGAGCAGCCCCCUGGACGUGCUCCAGCUCCAGGACCUGGGGAGCAUCUACCUCCAGGAUAGCCUUCUGAGUGUCCACUCGCAGGACGACAGUCUUCUGGCCUUCUCUUCCCCCGACAGCUGGCCCUCCCCUGACGAGCCCCCCAGCCUCGCAAGGCAGCUCCAGCCACGGCUCCCAGGGGCCCUGGGGCCCGAGGAGGGGGCCAGCCCGCAGGGCCCCCCACGCUCCGUGGACGGCGGCCCGCCCUCCGAGGAGGAGGACGAGGUGUUCUACAACUGA